AUGGAGGUAACUGAUUUUAUCUUCAAGGAGAGAGAGGAAGUCCUCCUUGUGGGGGAUUACAAUGCCUACCGGGCGCAUACGACCAGAAAAUUACAGAAACUCCGCAAGAAGCUUGGACAGGCCACUGUCAAAGGUCGCAAGUAUACCGCCAAACCAGCCGUGACUGCUGAGAACGUUGGAAGCAAUGUAUCAUAUGUACACCUCCUGCUUCUCGGAUCCGAACGAGCCUGGGCGCAAGCCAUGCAUAUGAAGUCCACACAUUCAGCAGACCCCUCCGCCAAGGCCAUCUCUGGCGCUGCUAGGCGUCACAUCAUAUCUCGAUUGACCAAGGCUACCGGUUAUGCGAAGCACCUCGUUUCGCUGCUCCACGAACAAUCAUCCACCGGGGCUAACGACACUGAUAUCUUGGAAACCCGCGCCUAUGCAGCAAUGAUCUCCGGGACUCUGUGGCUCGAAAAGCGCAGAUGGGAGCAGUGUCUCCAUGAUUAUUCUAUUGCAAGAGUGAUCUACACGGCAUUGGGUCAAAGUGUUAAGAAAGACGCUUACCGGGACCUACUAUCUGGAACGGUUGACCCGAGCAUUCGAUACGCCGCAUACCAGAUGAAGCUGCCCCGGUCCAAACCCACCUCGUCGCUGGCAAUUGAGUUCUUCCCCUCCGACUCUGACAUUCGGGCCGAGGUCGAGAAACUUGAUCCUUCCUGUCUUGCAGAAGAAGCUACCGGAACACGACGAACUGCGGAGGGAGAGGUGCAGGAGCUGCCCCAAUCUGUGACCUGGAGGUCACGAACCGUCCCACUCGAUGAUGCUUCGAUCUCCCAGGCUCUAGCUGCCGCUUCGGCAGCAGAGGCUCGUCUCACGUCUUGGUUAGCAGGCGCUGGAAAGUCUGCAGCUUCCAAGGAGAAAGCUGCUGCAUAUGACAAUGUUAUCAUUGCCAGUCAGGAUGCCGUCGAUGCUACGAAAACCGCCAUUGAUGAUCUAGUUAAUGAGGGUGUGGAUCCCAGCGACAAGAGAAUGCAGGCACUGCAGAUUACUCGAACUGCUGUGAACUACACUCUGGUCGGUUGGCGAGUGGGCCGUAACCGUGUGCUGUGUGGAGAACAGGACGGCCUGUCAUUUGAGGAAAUGCAAUCAAACGAGAAGAGCGCAACCAAACACACCGCAGGUACCGGAAAGAAGCUCAACAAGCUCCGUGAGCGUGUUGUUCUGUAUGACUCGACCCUUCAGAGCUUGGACUUCAUCCUCGAACUUCCCGGUGUUGCUGCCGAUUCCGCAUUCGUGGCAGAUCUUGAAGCCAAGCGUCACUAUUUCCGAGCCCUCAGAUGUCUUUCACUAGGACGGUCCCACGGUGUUCUUGCGAAAUCCAAAGAGGCCCUCGCCCUAUUCGCCCAAGCCUUGAGUCUGUCUGGCUCCGCCACACCUCAAUCCUCAGAAACUGCCGACGGUCCUCCGAAGCUGGACGUUUCCCGUGCCCAGUCCAGUACCCUGGAAUCGAAAUUGCGUGAACUUGUUGCUCAAUACCGUGGCCUUGUCACUCUUGAACAGGUCGCCGCGGAAGAGGCAUCGCAACCAAACCAACGCCCAAUGGUGGAGCGCCUGCAGCAGUACGCUGGAUCUGGACUUGAUCUCAACAAUCUGGUGCCAUUCCCGCCUCAAUUGCAACCCAUCCCCGUCAAGCCAUUGUUCCUUGACGUGGCGUGGAACUACAUCGACUAUCCCCGCGAAGGGCAGGCCCAAGCGCCUGCCCAGGCUCAGGCUCCAGCUCCAGCUGCCGCUCCGGAAGAAGAAUCCAAGGGCCGUCGUGGAUGGUUCGGAUUUGGUGGUCGUUAG